CUUCCUCCUCCUCCUCCUCCUCCUCCUGACCCGUCGCGCCCGUUGCAAAACACCUCGCGGCUGCCCGAGCCCUUUUCCCACGAAAAGGCGGCGCCGGGCGGCGCACUCUGGCUCGGCCCGCCGCCGCAUGGCUCCGCCGUGCGGCCCCGUGCACGCCAAUUCGCGGGGCAGUCCGCGUCUGCAGGGAUCGUGCGAGAUUCUGUCAUCGAAUCUCAACCAUCACUGUGGACUUGGCUGCCCUGGAAUCGAUGCUGGACCUCCGCACGUGCUUUUUCAAGGCAGGCCAUGGAAAGGUUCAUGUGACGGAGGUGGCCAGUUACAAAGUUCCGGCGAUUGGCUCGCGCCCGGCUCUGCAACGAAGGCCAGCCUGCAGCAGGAUGGCCACGGAUCCCCAGCUCAAGCUGAAGCAAGCGCGCGGCAGACUAGCGCGAGCGUGAAGCUUGCAGAGCGCCCGCAGUUCGUGCUCUGAGAUUGCAUGCCGUUUUGCUCACGCGAGCACUGCGCUUGCCUGCCGUCCGUCGCUGCUCGCCUGAGGGCUCCGCUGCAGAGCGACCGGUUGUGGCUGUGGAGUCUCUGGGGGAGUUCGGGCAACGCAGCCAAGACCACGGCGGUGGCCUGGGCUCGACCCUUCGGGGGCUGCCCUCCCGCUGACGUCCGCAUGUGGGCCCAGCUGGCCAUCCAGGGGGCGCUCAGGGCGGACAGCGUGGGCCAGAUCCCAGUGUGCUGCCUGUGCGGCGCCAGCCUGGAGUCGACCGCGCACCUCGUCAUGCACUGCCUGGGGCUGUGCGCUCCAGCGGGACAGGCUAUUUUCCAUGCCAGCGCCGCAGAGAACAACACGAGGCCGGUGCCGGCGGCGUCGCCUCGGCGGGCCGCCAGCCACGGCAGCCAAGGCCCCGGCCGCCCCGGGCCGUGCCGAGCCAUGGCCCUGCAGAUGUACAAAGCGAAGCGCUCGGGCGUGUGGCGCUGCGGCCUCCCCGACGGCGAGGCCGGGCUCCCGGCCGCGCCCCGGCCUGCUGCCGCGGAGGGCUCCCCUGGCACCGGGAGCCAGUCGAUCUCGGGGGACUACCUGCCCAUGAGCGACGGCAGCCCGGGCCUCCGGAGCUACGAGAAGCCCCCGGAGCGAGACUGCCUGGGGGGCUUCCUGACCGUCCUGAAGUCGAGCCCGUUCCUCAGCGUCAUGUUGCUCUUCAUCCCUGGCGGCUUCGCGUGUCAGUGGUUCAGCCUGCCGCCCACGUGGAUCUUCUUGACGAACUUCAUGGCGGUCAUCCCGCUCGCGUGGCUCAUUGGCAAGAGCACCGAGGACCUGGCAGCGAAGACCGGUCAGGUGGUGGGGGGCCUGCUGAACGCCACGUUUGGGAACAUCGUGGAGAUGAUGCUCUGCGUUGCGAGCAUCCGGGCAGGAGAGCUGGAGAUCACGAAGUGCACGCUACUGGGCUCCAUACUCAGCAACUUGCUCCUAGUCAUGGGCUGCGCCUGCCUCGCGGGCGGUCUCGUCAAAGGCAAGAGCAAGAAGCAGGAGUUCCACAAGGACGGCGCGUACGCGGAAAUAGCCAUGCUCUUCCUCUCCGUCCUGGCUCUCAGCAUGCCCACCAUAUAUGGUGAUGACAUGCACGAGGUGGACCCCCACGUGAAAGAGUCCGUGGUGAAGAUGUCGGUGUGCUUAUCCGUACUUCUUUUGAUUGGUUAUGCCCUUUUCCUGACAUUCCAGCUGGGUACGAAUGCGGAGGACUUUGGCUCUGAUGAGGAAGAAGGGGAUCCAGAUAUGACGCCGUUGACCGCGACUAUCCUCCUCAUCUUCUGCACAAUCACAUGCGACCGUUCAACAGACGCCUUGAUUGAUGCCCUACAGGGAACAAUAUCGGAGUUGGGUCUCUCCAAAGAGUUCAUCGGCAUCAUCCUCUUGCCUAUCAUCGGCAACGCAGCCGAGCACUACACAGCGAUUACAGUGGCAAUGAAAGACAAGAUGGACUUGGCACUCGGAGUAGCAGUGGGUUCAUCAUGCCAGAUGGCGCUUCUUGUAUCUCCGUUCGCCGUCCUGGCCGGUUACGCUCUGGAUAAGCCGAUGUCGUUGGAUUUUCACGCUUUCCAGUUGAGCGUUCUGUUCAUGGCUAUCAUGUCAGUCGCCAGCGUCUUGUGGUCCGGCCAGACGCAUUGGCUUUACGGUGCCGUGAUGCUCAUUGCUUAUUUUGCCGUGGCCGUCGUCUAUUUAUGCGAGCCGGAGGGCGUCUCUACGUUCCAUGACAGGAGGUUCAAGGGCGGCCCGCAGGAGCUGCGCGCCUCCUGGAGUCCGCAGGGUGGCCUACGUCCAUAGCGCCCGGGAGCACGAGGCGUUCCUCCACCAAGUCCAAGAACUCCUUCCUAUUCGUGCCCAGACUUCGGGGUGAUCCACCUUGCAGUUGGUCCCGUCCUCGCCUCUGAUGAUCUUCAGCGCGAAAGUCGCGAUGUUAUGGUACCUUAACCAGAUGUAUAACACAUUCCAAC